UCGUGACGAUGACAGGCACGGACCAGAGAUUCUCCUUGUUAUAAGUGUCUGAUGCCAAGAGUAAAUCACAUCACAACUGCAUCAUCGUGUGGGAUCUAUUUUAUUAAGAAGAAAACACAACGCAGAUAGAAACUACACUUUGAGUGAGGAACCCGCUUUACAGAUUUGCAGACACAUGUUUUUCACACAUCACUCAAACACAGAACCAGGAAACAGGAAACUCUUGAGUUCAGAGAAACUGAAACUGAAGUGCAGUUGAGCUGUUGUGUGUUUGUGUCUCUGUAAUCAAGCAGUAAAAAUGACAGAAGCCAGAAUUUCUCAGGAUGAGUUCCAGUGUUUAGUGUGUCUGGAUCUCCUGAAGGAUCCAGUGACCACUUCCUGUGGACACAGUUUCUGUAAGAUCUGUAUUACAGACUGCUGGGAUCAGGAGGAUGAGAAGAGAGUCUACAGCUGCCCUCAGUGCAGACAAACCUUCAGCCCAAGACCUGCUUUAGCUAAAAACACCAUGCUGGCUAAAGUGGUGGAGAAACUAAAGAUGACUAAACCUCCUGAUGACUGUAAUGCUGGAUCUGGAGAUGUGCAGUGUGACGUCUGUGAUGGGAGAAAACGCAAAGCUGUCAACUCCUGUCUGGAGUGUCUGGAGUCUUACUGUCAGAGUCACCUUGAACAACAUGAGAGUUUCUUUAAAAGAAAGAGACACAAUCUGACUGAAGCCACUGGACGACUGCAGGAGAUGAUCUGCCAAACACAUGAUAAACUCCUCGAGGUUUUCUGCCGCACUGAUCAGAAGUGUAUAUGUUUACUGUGUACAAUGGAUGAACACAAAAACCACGGCACUGUAUCAGCUGCAGCGCAGAGGACAGAGAAUCAGAAGCAGCUGAAGGAGACGCAGAUGUUGUUCCAGCAGAGGAUCCAGCAGAGAGAGAAAGAUCUUCAGCAGCUGAGAGAGGCUGUGGCGUCUCAUAAGCGCUCUGCACAGACAGCAGUGGAGGACAGCGAGAGGAUCUUCACUGAGCUCAUCCGCUCCAUUGUGAGAAGCCGCUCUGAGGCGACACAGCGGAUCAGAGAUCAGGAAAAGACUGCAGUGAGUCGAGCUGAAGGACGACUGGAGCGACUGGAGCAGGAGAUCAAUGAUCUGAGGAGGAGACACGCUGAGCUGGAGCAGCUUUCACACACACAGGAUCACAUCCAGUUCCUGCAGAGUUUCCAGUCUCUCUCGGCUCCUCCUGAAUCUACAGACGUCAAUGACAAUCCCUUCAGUCGUCUCUCCUCUUUUGAUGGUGUGAGAGAAUCUGUCCAUCAGCUGAGAGUCAAACUGGAGGAUUUCUGCAAAGAGGAGCUGAAGAAGAUCUCUGAUAGAGUCACUCUCAACAACAUUGUUCCCAAGACCAGGAACGACUUCCUACAAUAUUCCCUUCAGCUCAGUCUGGAUCAGAACACAGCACAUAAAAACCUUCAUCUAUCUGGGAAGAACAGAGUGAUUCAAUUCUCUGACACUCUCACAGUCCAGCCGUAUCCUGAUCAUCCAGACAGAUUUGAUGUGUGUCAGCAGGUGUUGUGUAGAGAGAGUGUGUGUGGACGCUGUUACUGGGAGAUUGAGUGGAGUGGGAGAGGUGUGUUUAUAUCAGUGUCAUAUAAGAGCAUCAGCAGGAAGGGACGGGGUAAUAAGUGUCGGUUUGGAUAUAAUGAUCAGUCCUGGAGUUUGUUCUGCUCUUUCUCCCAUUACUCAUUCAGACACAAUGAGGUAUGGACUGAUCUCCCUGGAAAGUUCAUCAGCAGUAAAAUAGGAGUGUAUGUGGAUCAUAGUGCAGGAACUCUGUCCUUCUACAGCGUCUCUGAUACAAUGAACCUCAUACACACAGUCCAGACCACAUUCACUCAACCACUCUAUCCUGGGUUUAGGGUUUAUUCUAGAACAUCAGUGAAACUUGUUGAUGAAUCAAAAUAGACUGUAGAGAGGGUGUCUAGUAUCUGUAAAACCGCAUUUUUCCAUCUUAAAAGGAUAUCUAAAUUACGCCAUAUGCUCUCAUUGACAAAUGCGGAACAGUUAGUUCAUGCGUUCAUGACAUCAAGGCUAGAUUAUUGUAAUGCUCUACUGCAUGGGUCACCAAACUAAGGCCCGCGGGCCGAAUCAGGCCCGCCACACCCCUUUGACUGGCCCCCCAACCCCUCUGCCCCCCACUACUUGAACCGGCAAUCCCAAAAGUCGU